CUCGCUUCGGCGGUACAUAUACUAAAAUUGGAACGAUACAGAGAAGAUUAGCAUGGCCCCUGCGCAAGGAUGACACGCAAAAUCGUGAAGCGUUCCACAUUUUUUUGUUAUUUAUUUUUUCAACUAUCGACUGAUUUUGACCUCAAUUUAUUCGGUUAUUUGGGCAAUUGAAAUCUUCUGUUUAAAUUGUAAUAAAAUAUAACCUCACUUUGCGUUACCUUAUUUUUAUUUUGCAAUGGAAAACUAUAAAAAAGGAAAAAACGUCGAGGAAGCUCUCGAAAGGGAUAAAAUUCCCAUACCUAAUCUUCCCACUAAUUUCCUUUGGAUGCAGGUAAAACCUGGUAGUAAAAUAAGAAAUCUCUUAACGCACGCUAUUAAAGAGUUUCCCGAAGUGAAAAGUGUAGUUUGGACGGGCUUCGGACCAUCUGUAGGAAAAUGUAUUACUUGUGUGGAAAUUAUGAAACGAGAAUUUAAUAAUAAGUUACAUCAAAUUACGAAACUAUCAUACAGGAAAGUUGAAGAAUAUUGGGAUCCACUUUUACCAGAGUUAGAUCAAUUAGUCGUAAAAAGAAGAUUACCUAUGAUUCAUAUUUACCUAGCAUAUGAGAUCACAAAUGUCGAUGAAUUGGGUUAUCAAGCUCCAGGAGUACAUAUUUCUUUUAACGACAGUAAUAGCAGUAGUAAGAAUCAAAACCGCAACAACUCUGAAAUAGAACACAAACGUGGCAAGAAAAAUAAACGAAAUAAAGUGAAUAACAAUUAAUAAAGUAAUACUAGUUUAUUGACU